UGAGAUUCUAGGGCUGUUGCCUCCUGUUGCCCGAGAGCACACUGAGAUAUGGCGAGCACGUGUGCCCUUGAUAUGUUUUAAUGUAGUGGAGCAUCACUUUCCUGAUCGCGUACUACGCCAGUUCGGGUUGCAGCAGGUUACUCCCGGACCUUGUGAUACAUCUGUGGAUUUGCACAAGAUUGAUAGACGGGGGAAGCACACUGGAGAUUGGGGGAUGCGCCAUAUUCAGUAUAUCACUAUGUGGGAUGAGAGAGCGGCAUAUAUAGUGGACGGGAUCCCAUCAUUAGUCCCCACAGCUUCUGUAGACUAAAUGAGAUGGUGUUACACCAUCACACGGGUGUUUAUCUCUCCCAGUUUUCGUUUACCCACUGAUCAUUACCAGCCUAGCUCAGUCGCUCUUCAUAUGACGACACGAGCUUUGCGUAGCAUCCAUGAUAGAGCG